AUGUCGGAGCAAGUCAAUCGGGCGCACCGAAAGACCAAAGACAAGAAGGCAUCUACGUCUGAGCGCAAUCCAAAAGCUUUCGCCGUUACGAACCCGCGCAAGCUUCAGCGUCAAGCUGCACGCUCUCACGAUGUCAAAGAGAAGAAACUACAUGUUCCCUUGGUGGACCGUCUACCUGAAGAGGCACCACCCACAGUCGUUGCGAUCGUGGGACCACCAGGAGUUGGAAAAACUACGCUUAUAAAAUCUCUCGUUCGUCGAUACACGAAGCAAACCCUCUCUGCGCCCACUGGUCCCCUUACUGUCGUCACUUCGAAGCGCCGACGGCUGACCUUCAUAGAAUGCCCAGCCGAAUCUCUGGCAAGCAUGAUGGACAUUGCAAAGAUAGUAGAUUAUGUUCUGCUCAUGAUAGAUGGGAACUAUGGCUUUGAGAUGGAGACUAUGGAGUUUUUGAACAUCCUGCCUGCGACAGGAAUGCCUAGCAAUGUCUUCGGCAUCCUGACCCACUUGGAUCUAUUCAAAAAGCAAGAAACGCUAAAGGCUCAGAAAAAAAGGCUCAAACAUCGCUUUUGGAGCGAACUCUACCAGGGCGCGAAACUAUUUUACUUAUCAGGUGUAGUCAAUGGCCGUUACCCUGAUCGCGAAAUCCUGAAUCUUUCGCGAUUCCUAUCUGUAAUGAAGAACCCUCGACCGUUAGUAUGGCGUAACUCGCAUCCAUAUUCUCUUGUAGAUCGGUUCCUUGAUAUGACACCGCCUACCCGAAUCGAAGAAAACCCCAAAUGCGACCGCACUGUCGCUCUAUACGGCUACCUUCGCGGUACGAACUUCCCUGCUGAGGGUGCAAGAGUACAUAUACCAGGCAUGGGAGAUCAGAAAGUCUCCAUGAUCGAGGCGCUCCCGGAUCCGUGUCCAACUCCCUAUAUGGACCAAGCUGUCGCCAAAGUAACAGGCAAGAAGGGCAGAAGAAGACUGGGAGAUAAACAGAAAAUCAUUUUUGCUCCUAUGUCUGAUGUCGGGGGUGUUCUUGUCGAUAAAGAUGCAGUAUAUAUCGAUGUCAAGACUUCAACGUUCGACAGGGACGAUGAUGAGGACGAGGACGGAAAAGAACGUGGUUUAGGCGAAAAACUCAUGAUUGGCUUGCAGGGAGGGAGGAGACUUCUUGGACAAGCGGAUUCAGGCAUGCGUCUAUAUUCAGGAGGCACUACAAUUGUGGAUGGUGACCUUGAUGAUGACAUUGGAAACAUGGGAAGGAAAGCAAAGCGAGUCGCGAAUAUGGUUGCGAAAGAUAUAGAUGAGCCAGAUGAGGACGAGGGCUUCGAGAGUGGAGAGGACGAAGACGAGGACGAAGCAGACUUGAUGGGUGCAUCCGACGAAGACGACGAUGGCCACAUUAAAGGCGUUGAGACCGAGGACGAUCAUUUUAAGCACAAGACACUAUCAAAGCGCAGUGGCGAUAGUUCUACCGACGACAUCGCAUUCGCUGAUAGCGAUUCUGAUCUAGGUUCACUAUCUUCUGAGGACGAGCAGGAGUUUGAUCAUGAGAAUUUGAGCGACGGGGAAUCCGAAUCAGACGAUGAAGAUGGUGGCGCUGUAAAAUGGAAGAACAAUCUUAGUGGAAACGCAGAGCGGUUACACGGAAAGAAAAGACCCUAUCAAACAAAGGAGCUUAUGCGAUUAAUGUACGAUGAGUCAAUAUCCCUCAGCGAGGUUUUGAGAAGAUGGGCUGGAGCAACGGAAGUCAACGGGGAGGGUAGCAAUGAUCCAGAUGAUGACUUCUUCAAAAGAGCAAAGCAUGGAUUGACCGAAGAAACUGAAGAUAGGAUGAUACCCGCCUAUGAUUAUGAGAUGUUAGAGGGUAAAUGGGCGGAUGAGGAUAGUAUCGAAGCGUUGCGUCAACGCUUUACGACAGCCAGUCUGAUUAACAGUCGCGCGGAUGAUAAUGGCGAGGACGACUCGGCGUUCGGUGGCGAAGACGAGGGUGAUGGUGAAUUCGAAGAUCUCGAAACUGGGCAGAAAUUUGGAGGAGGCGAGACUGCGAACGAGCAAGAUGCCUCAAAGGCUAUAGAAGAAGAACGAGAGCGUAAUGCCCGCAAGAAGGAGGAGCUCAAGCUGCGGUUCGAGGAGGAAGAUCGAGAAGGCUUCGGAAAAGACAAGACAAACGAAGGAGCAGCGGUCAAUGGUGAUGAGGAACAAUUCGGUGAGGACGAGUGGUACGAAGCACAAAAAGCAGCCAUGCGGAAGCAGCUCGAUAUAAAUGACGCCGAGGUUAGCCAAAUGGACGGGUUGUCAAGAGCACGAUUCGAAGGGUACAAAGCUGGGACAUACGCACGAAUAGUACUGGAGGAUGUGCCAUACGAGUUUUGCGCCAACUUUAACCCUCGAUUUCCAAUCAUCAUUGGCGGACUUACACCAACAGAGGAACGCUUUGGGUUCGUUCAAAUCCGCAUCAAACGCCAUCGCUGGCAUAAGAAGAUUUUGAAGACAAAUGAUCCUCUGAUCUUCUCUCUUGGCUGGCGUCGAUUCCAAACUAUGCCAGUCUAUAGCAUAUCAGAUUCACGCACCCGGAAUCGCAUGCUAAAAUACACACCAGAACACAUGCAUUGCUUUGGUACAUUCUACGGGCCCCUUAUUGCACCGAACACUGGGUUCUGCUGUGUUCAGUCUUUCUCAAACACGAAUCCUGGCUUCCGGAUAGCGGCAACUGGUGUAGUUCUCAACGUGGACGAGAGUACGGAAAUUGUCAAGAAACUCAAGCUAACCGGACAUCCUUAUAAAAUUUUUAAGAAUACCGCCUUUGUGAAGGACAUGUUCAGCACUUCACUUGAGAUUGCCAAGUUUGAGGGUGCCAGCAUCAGGACAGUAUCAGGCAUCCGUGGUCAGAUUAAGAAAGCCUUGAGCAAGCCGGAGGGAAACUUUCGUGCGACAUUUGAGGACAAAGUCUUGAUGAGCGACAUCGUUUUCUUACGAGCAUGGUAUCCCAUCAAGCCGCAUCGAUUUUACAAUGUUGUGACCGAAUUACUUGACCGAUCGACUCUUACAGCAGCUGGUGAGAACAUGGGAUGGAAAGGUAUGCGGCUCACAGGAGAAGUCCGUAAAGACAUCGGAAUGCCGACACCGCAGGACAAGAAUUCUGCAUAUAGACCUGUCGAGCGCCAAGACCGACACUUCAAUCCCAUUCGAGUGCCACGCAAGUUACAGGCUGAUCUACCGUACAAGUCACAGAUCGUCCAGCUCAAGCCGCAACGGAAGCAGACAUAUAUGCAAAAACGAGCCGUCUUGCCAGGCAAAGACGAACGUAAAGCAAUGGUUCUGAUGCAACAAUUGCAAACGCUCAGGAACGACAAGCUUGAGAAGCGACGUAAGAAGCAGGAAGAACGCAAAGAGCCAUAUCGGAAAAAAGUGGCAGAGAACCAGGAGAAGAGGAGUGAACGAGAAAAGAAGGAGAAGGAGGAGUACUGGCGAAGAGAAGGAAAGAAGAGGAAGAACCAAGACAGCACCUCUGGUGGAGGAAAGCGGCGAAAGUAG